UUGAAAAUCACUAACUUUGAAUAAAAUUCCUGUUCUUCUCCUUCUCUUUCAUCUGAUUACCUUUAUACUUUAUAAUAUAUAUACAGCCUUUGUUUUUUCCAGCUUCGAAAGGAAUGUUUUUUGAUCAAUCUUCGUUGAUUUAGGUAGUUUUCCUUUGGUUUUCUUUUACUUUGUGGGGGGGUUUUUUUUCCCUUUGUUUAUCGUUAUGGCGACAAACAAGGGUGAAGGGGCUAAAGCUGUAGCGAAAACAGAGACAAACCCUAUAGAGGAAAUGGCUUUGGGGUGUUCCAUUGGGAACCUCAGCGACAAGAAGGACGUGUUUACAAGAGCUGAUAAGAUAGAUUUUAAGAGCUGGGAUUUGCAACUGGAUAAGCACUUGAGCAAGGCUUGGUCUAGGGACAAAGAUGUUUCGCUUGUGACUAAGAAGGAAGAGUGGGAAAUCGAUUUGGCUAAGCUUGAUAUAAGACAUGUUAUAGCUCAUGGAACUUAUGGCAUAGUCUACCGAGGUGUUUAUGAUAACCAGGAUGUUGCAGUGAAAGUAUUGGAUUGGGGGGAAGAUGGGAUUGCUACAGCUGCUGAAGCUGCAGCUAUUCGGGCAUCUUUCCGGCAAGAGGUUGCUGUUUGGCAUAAGCUUGACCACCCAAAUGUUACAAAGUUUAUUGGAGCUUCAAUGGGAACUUCCAACCUUAAGAUUCCGUCCAAAGAUUCAACAAGCGAGAGUAAUAAUUCUCUUCCAUCGAGAGCAUGUUGUGUUGUUGUAGAGUACCUGCCCGGCGGGACAUUAAAGAAUUUUUUGAUCAGAAACAGGAGGAAGAAACUUGCCUUUAAGGUUGUGAUUCAACUUGCUUUGGACCUCUCUAGAGGUUUGAGCUAUCUUCACUCCAAAAAGAUUGUACACCGCGAUGUGAAGACAGAAAAUAUGUUGCUAGAUACUCGUAGAAAUUUGAAAAUUGCUGAUUUUGGUGUUGCUCGAGUCGAAGCUCAGAAUCCAAAAGAUAUGACCGGGGAAACAGGCACUCUUGGUUACAUGGCUCCAGAGGUCCUUGAUGGGAAGCCUUACAAUAGGAGAUGCGAUGUCUACAGUUUCGGUAUAUGCUUAUGGGAAAUAUACUGCUGCGAUAUGCCUUACGCUGAUCUUACUUUUGCUGAAGUUUCAUCAGCAGUAGUACGACAGAAUUUACGACCUGAAAUUCCAAGAUGUUGCCCAGGUUCGUUGGCAAGCAUCAUGCGGAAAUGUUGGGAUGCACACCCCGACAGACGUCCAGACAUGGAUGAGGUGGUGAGGUUGCUAGAAGCAGUAGAUACAAGCAAGGGAGGUGGCAUGAUACCUGAUGACCAAUCCCCUGGUUGUUUCUGUUUCACCCGGCGUGGCCCUUGAUAAAACUUUAGCUCGUUCAUUUAUUUUGUCGUACAUAUAUAUAUAUACAUGUUUAGUUGACAGAGAACAUGAAACAGAUCAUUGUUUGGCUCUAGCUGGUUUUUCAAUAAGGUCAUUGAUUUCUAUACUACACAUGAAUGUAACCAUAUAGUAGUAUGUAAAGGUUAAAAUUAUUUAUAUAUAUACCCCUUUUGGUCGGUAAA